AUGGACAUGUAAAAUCGACCAGGAGGUAGGACCGGUUCGGGUCCUAUGGCAUCAGCUGCAGAUGCCAACGUCGAAAGAAGAGAACGUCUCAAAUAGCUGGCCAUGGAAAUCAUAGACCUUCAAAAGGACCCUUAUUUCAUGAUUAAUCAUCUUGGUACUUAUGAAUGCAAGUAUACAUAUAAUGAUCCCACAGAUUGUGUUUGACUCUCCAUACCAAUGAAGGAUCGUAUUUGGCACACACCCAAGGAAAGAAACAUCAGUAGAAUCUGUUGCGCAGAAAAGCCAGGGAGGGAAAGGAUCUCAAUGCGAUGAUGCACAUGGCAAAGUAGAAUCAACCGAAACCACAGAAACACAAAACAAUCAAGAUAGGACGUCCAGGAUACAAGGUCACUAGGACUGUCGAGAACACUUCUAAAGUGCUAUAUUUUGAGCUUUAUUAUGAAGACAUUCAACCAGGAUUCAUUCCAAAACACAGAGUUAUGUCAGCCUUCGAACAGAAGAUCGAGCAGCCAGACAAGAAUUAUCAGUAUUUGAUCUUCGCAGGGGAGCCAUACGAAAAUAUUAGCUUUAAAAUUCCCAAUCAGGAGAUAGAGACACAAGUAUAUGUUGGGUUUUCAAUUUUAGGAUGGCAAAUUUCAACCCGUUUGGGAUAAGGAUAAAAAAAUAUAUUCAUUAAGAGUGUAAUUUAGGGAGAAGAAAAAUAAUAAAUGA